AUGCCUGGCCGCAACCAUCGGCAACUGGUUGGCUUCCCGCUUUUGAUAGCCUGCCUUCGCGCGCAUGGGGCGACGGUCGUGGUGGUCGGCACGGAUGCGCCAGUGCACACGACCCUCGAGGGCCAUGCUGCCUGGUCUAUCGAGUUCGGUGGUGGGGUGAAGCAUGGCUAUCUGGACGACAGCCGGCUGGUGAACCUCUGCAAAGCACUCGGCCCCUCCAUCUUGCGAGUCGGAGGCGCAAGCCAAGAUGAGGUGACCUAUGACUUCGGCCUUGACCCUCAAGAGGGCACCUUUGGCCCUUCCGACAUCGAUAAGGUCUUCAGGUUCGCGAACGCCACAGGCUGGCUCAUCGUAUGGGGCCUGAGCUACAUGAGGCGUCCGGAGGGUGGGAAGUCAGCUCCCGGACCCGUCAACUUGGCCCAGCUGGCCGAGGUACUGCAGUAUCACCUGGAGCACGACCGGCCUUUUGGAUACGAGCUGGGAAAUGAGCCAGACCCGCAUUGCCCCGAUCCUAGCAACCCAAAGUGCGCAGUGUCCGUGAAGGAACACGUGCACGAUGACCUCAUGCUCUCUCAGCUGCUCCAGUACACAUAUGCCUCAGCAGGAGUUGGCAGCGACCAUCUGCCCCUGGUGAUAGGACCUGAUGCAGCUCACUGCUGUGAUUAUCUGGAGAACUUCACAGCCGCUGCAGCAACUGCCAGAUGGGAGCCAGACGUGCUGACCUGGCACCACUACUACUUUGACAACCAGUCCCCGGUAUCUAAAUUUGUGGACCCACGGACAUUGGACUCCCUCCAGUCAUUGGCAAACUUGACAGUGGCAAUGCGAGAUAAGUACACUCCGCACAGCAUGCUAUGGGUCGGGGAGAGCGCCAGCGCCUGGGGUGGCGGUGUUCCCCAUGCCUCGGACCGUUUCGCGGCUAUUUUCACAGACCUGGACCAAGUGGCCACGCUGUCGAGGCUAGGAUACACCGGCGUGGUGCGGCAGGGGCUCUUCGGCAGCGGAGGGUAUUCGGUCAUCUCCACUGCGGAUGAGGGGUUGACGCCCAACCCGUCAUACUGGGCAUACUUGGCAUACAAGCGCUUCAUGGGGGUCAGAGUGCUCGAUGCCGGGGAACUGGGUGGCUACGUGAGGAGCUAUGCGCACUGCCACCCGACUCUUGCUGGUGCCCUAACCGUGAUGGUUUUGAAUGUUUCCCCGAAACCGAGCACGGUCAAGGUGCUGCUGUCCUCCAUCAGCUUGGCAGUGGGACCUCGAAAGUCUUGGGCGGAGUACCACCUGACGAUGCCGGCAGCAGCCGGCGUCAACUUGACGACUACAGACAUCGCCGUGAACGGGAAGGUGAUGAAAGCGCACGAGGAUGGCACUGUUCCUGCCUUCGUCCCCAAGCAAGGGCGCGGAACCUCUGUUACACUCAUGCCGUACUCCGCUGCCUUCUUGGUCUUUGAGAACGCGCAAGCACCUGCAUGUAUCGGCGCAGACCCUGUCUUGGAGACGAUACAUCAAAGCUCACCAGACGUCAGGGUGAUGCUCUUGUGA